GUUCCAAACAAAGUGUUUUAUACGCCCGCUGCGUUUUGCUCAAAGAAGGUUCGGUAAAAAAAGACGACUGCGCUAAGGAGUUUGAAGAAUUCAAGACGUGUUUGUAUUCUGCCGCGAAGAGUUUGAAGACCAGAAUUUAAAAUGCACCGUUGGUUGCAAUUUAUGACCUUACCGCUAAAGUACCACCUCGUAGCGGGUUUCUUCAUAAGGCUAUUUUUGAUUGCUUACGCAGAUUUCCACGAUAAAACUUACGAUGUUGCUUACACUGAUAUUGACUAUUCCGUCUUCUCAGACGCUGCUAGAUACGUUUUUCAUGGAGAAUCGCCGUACAAACGACAGACGUAUAGGUACAGCCCCAUCCUUGCCUAUCUUCUUGUUCCCAACAUGAUCCUGGGCAAACAUUUUGGCAAAAUUCUCUUUUCAACUUUUGAUAUUUUGAUAACCGUCGCUGUGAAGACAUUGGUUGAACAUCAGCUAGGACCAAAGAGCGCUUCUACUAAUAUCCCGAUGUACUGCUCAUUACUGUGGCUUUACAAUCCGCUCAGUAUUGGUAUAUCGACCCGUGGUAACGGAGAUUCGGUGUCUUGUUUCACUAUUAUACUAUCCCUUCUUUUUUUACAAACCGAUGUAGUCAAGGGUUUAAAAAAAUAUGCUCUAUCGGGAUUUUUUCUCGGUUUAUCAACUCAUCUGCGUAUUUACCCUCUCGUGUUUAGUUUUCCAAUGUACCUUAGUUUAGGGAUUUCUAAAAUUCCUCGUAAAACUACCUGGAAACAGGGACUGAUGAUCCUGUGGCCCAAUAUGAACCAGCUAACGUUAGCUUUGAGCUGUGUGGUAACAUUACUCAGCGUAACAUACAGUAUGUGGGCUUUAUACGGUUAUGAUUUUCUCUACGAAACUUACUACUACCACGCGUCCAGAGUGGAUAUACGUCACAAUUUCUCUGUGCUUUUCUACUACUCUUAUUUGAGCACGAACCAGCUUGCCUUCGACAUAGUGAAGCACGUCACAACUUUAUUCAAAGCGGUCAUUUUGUUCAUCUUGAGUAUUAAAUACGGAGCUGAUCCCAGGACGUUGCCUUUUGCACUGUUUUGUCAGACAGUGGUGUUGGUCGCGUUUAACAGCGUUAUGACGUCACAAUACUUCGUCUGGUUUCUCUCUUUGCUUCCAUUGGUGGCUCAUUCGUUCCGUCUCAGUAUAAGAAAAGCUAUACUCCUGACCAUAGUGUGGGUGACCGCGCAAGGCGCUUGGCUGUUUUACGCAUACUUAUUAGAGUUCAAGGGUAGGGAAGUCUUUUUCCUGAUUUGGCUCAAAGGAAUUGUUUUCUUUUGUUCAAAUAUUUUUGUUUUAGUACAACUAGUAAAGAGUUACACAAUUGGGUACGGCUUUGGCUACGGUCAAGCCGCUCAUUUGAAAACUCAGUAGCGAUACUGGUCAGUAUCAUUAGAUAAUAAAUUAUUUGUAAUUGUAGAUAGUUUUUUAGUAUUUUGUCAUGAAAUUGUGCACAUGGUGUAAAAUAAAAAAAUGCAUUGGA